CACAACGCAAAGGGCAGCGCACGACUCUUAGCUCUAGUGCACAGUAAACGGAUAAUAUCCAAACAAGAACAGACCAAGUUAUCCUUAUCCGCAAUAUUACCAGCAUGCUGCUCUGGCAACGGGUGGCUCAAGUGCUGCCGUUGCUGCUGCUCCUUGAAUUGAUGGAAUUGCCCAGCGCAUCAGCCUGGUUAAAGUUUAACAGUUACACGGCGCUGAGCAAGAAGCGCACGGAUCUACGCAAGAAAUGUCCAAAUGUGCGCGCCAUACGCAACUUUGAUCUGGAGCUAAUGAUGGGCAAUUGGCAUGUGGUUCAAUAUUACGCGUCCACCGAGGAGUUGCCCGAAUAUGCGUGUAUGCGCAGCAAUUUCGCCUUCUCCAGCGAGGAUCAGCAUAUAACCAUGAACUUUAGCUAUAUUUUUGCGGAAGAUCCGCUGCGCGAGAAGCUGCAGGGCAACAUCACAUGGCUAAUACCGGACUUUGGCACGCCCGGCCACUGGAUGCAUACCGAGGAUAUAUAUGAGGGCAUCUAUAAUACCUAUGUACUGGACACGGACUAUCAAAAUUGGGGUCUGAUUAUGCACUGUGCCGAGAAGAAGAAGCAUCCGCGCUAUUUAUCCGCAUUACUGCUGUCGCGGCAACCUACGCUGGGCGAUAAUGUAAUAACGUUUUUACGAGAGAAAUUGCCAAGAUAUGAUAUUGACUUGUCUUUUAUGUUUGCCAUUAAUCAAACGUCGUGCGAGCAUCUGAUGGAGUCUAGCAAAGAUGAUCCGUUGGCAUAUAUAGUAAAUGGUCAGCAGAGCGUUGCAGAUAACGUUAAGCUCAUCAAUAAACCAUAAAAUGCAAUUUAAUCAAUAUUCAAAUAAAUGA